GAAAAUGGAGGGAAACUUGCAAUAUUUUGAGGACAUUUGGAAAGGAAUAUUUACGGAAACAACCUCUCUCUCGUCCAUUUCUCUCACCCACCCGUCUCACCCAUCUCUCUCGUCCAGACCCAGCACCGCUUCCGUCGAGGACGCCGCCGCCGCGGCCUUCCGAUCCACCACGCCGUUGCCGGACUUUCCUCUGCCGCCACCACCAGAAAAGUAUAUCCCAAGAUUAUUUAAGUUGUUUCUAUGGGUUCAAUCGUUGAAACUGCAAAGCAGGUAUAUGAAUGAUGCUAAUGGAAGCUUAGCUGAAAAGAAGCCUACGGUUGUUUUUGUACUGGGUGGCCCGGGCAGUGGAAAGGGUACCCAAUGUGCUAAUAUUGUUGAACACUUUGGGUACACACAUCUAAGUGCCGGUGACCUUCUGCGAGCAGAAAUCAAAUCUGGAUCUGAAAAUGGCACCAUGAUUCAGAACAUGAUCAAGGAAGGAAAGAUUGUUCCCUCAGAGGUAACAAUUAAGCUUCUCCAAAAAGCAAUGAAAGAAAGUGGAAAUGACAAAUUUCUUAUUGAUGGUUUUCCUCGUAACGAGGAAAAUCGUGCAGCAUUUGAAGAAGUUACUAAAAUUGAACCAACAUUCGUCCUGUUUUUUGAUUGUGCGGAAGAAGAGAUGGAGAGGCGUCUUUUGAGUCGGAACCAGGGAAGAGAAGAUGAUAACAUUGAAACAAUAAGGAAGCGGUUCAAGGUUUUCCUAGAGUCUAGUCUUCCUGUGGUUGAGUACUAUGAUUCCAAAGGAAAAGUUAGAAAGAUUGAUGCUGCAAGGCCUGUUGGCAAGGUUUUUGAGUCAGUUAAAGCCAUUGUUGCCCCAGAAAAUGAGAAGUUGUACCUAAGAUAUGAGACGUGCCGUCUAUUGAGGUUAUGCUUUUGUGGGUUGCAUAUAACAGUAUUUCAUGUGCAAGAUUUUUGUAUUUUGGUUAUUGUUUUAGAAGGUUGUAGUUUAUAUAUUUAAAAAAAAAAAUGAGGUAUAUGUCUUUGUUAUCAUUCUUGUUGUAUUAUAUAUUAAGAGUACUAAACUGAUUAUAAUCACAAUAAUAUUUACUCUCU